CUUUCUCUAACUUCUACCGAUCCCAUUUCGAAUAUUAUUUGUGAAACCUAGAGUUAUCACUUAAACGUACAAAAUUAAAUUAAUGUUUUUUAUAAAUUUUCCUGAAAGAAGAACAAACGUACAAAAUUUGUUCUCAUUUUUAUUCAUGUUACUUAUCUGAAAGAAGAAAUCAAAAUUAAAUUUUGUGGGUGGCCAGGAAACCAAUUGUAACCACAAAAGAAAAGAGGCAAAUGAUAUCGAGCUGUGUGUUAGGGAAUGCCGCAAAAUCAAUAGUAGGAACAAGAAGAGAUGAAGUAUACGUAGCAGCUGUGCCGUUGAGAGCCACAAAAGGGCCAGCCCAGUUGCUCAUGUCCACUGCUUACUCUUUCAAUUUAUGGGAUUUGCAGCAUUUCAUGGUCAUCAUCAACCCCAAUUCCUCCUCUCUCCCCUCUCAGGCAUUAGUGUAUGAUUUCCAACCUCAAGAUCCUGAAAGCAUAGCUGUUGCUGUUGCAGCGCUAUCCGGCAGAAAUGUACCAGGAGUUGUUCGUAUGAGGACUCUGAAGAAGCUGCCAACAAGGAAGUGCUGGUUUGCUGGCUACUCCAAGAGUGAUGCAAUAGAUGCGGCAAACAAAUUCAACAAAGGGUGGGAAACUGACUUGAGGAUAAAACAUCAUGACUGCCGAAACUAUGCAAAUGGACUAGUGGAAUAUCUCACUGGAACGAAAGCAGUGCUGGAGCACCUAAGAAGCAGCAGCGUAGGCAAGAAUUGACAUGCCAUUACCCAGAAAGGACUAAAGCAUCGUACUACCAUAUGUCAUAGAUGUGUAGAUUAAGUCAUCAAGUAAACCUUUUGACACUUUGCCAGCCAAUAGAAGUUCUGCAAAUAUAUGCUCACAGGCUUUAUUUACCGUAGUCUGUAAAUCACUUCUAUUCUUCCUUACACAUUUCUUGAAUGAGUCUAGUCCUCAUAGUAACAUGAUAGUAAUUGUUCAAUUUGUUGUAUAUCAUUUUCUGAACUGUAGAGCUGUUGUGUAUAAAUCUCCAAAUGCUUAAGAGCAAAAAUUGUCUGACACUGUGAUACAGAUGCGUAAUUGUGACAUGUAGGUUAUGUAA